AUGGACACCCAACCAACGUCACACAGCCUUUUCGAGGUGUACCUUCGACUGCGCCCAGCCAACACCGUAUCGACGUCUGGCGAUCGCUUCCUCGAUGUCGAUGUCCCAGAACCCAGCGAGAGCGCGCCCAAACACAUCACCCUGAACCCGCCAGCCGAUCGACGCCGAGCAAUCGAAAAGUUCGCCUUUACCCAGGUCUUUGAGGAAGAUGCCACACAGCUUGAUGUGUUUCACUGUACUGGGGUCGCCGGCUUGGUGGAGGGCGUCCUUGCGCCCUAUGGCGAUGGAACGGAUGCCUUGUUGGCGACGCUUGGAGUGACGGGUUCUGGAAAGACACACACCAUGCUGGGAACACGAUCCCAGCGUGGCCUCACCCAAAUGUCCCUCGACCUUAUCUACCGCUCGCUCGGCCACCGGGUCCUUGAUCCCUCUACAUAUCCAAACCUCGAGCAAUCCAUCAGCGCAUCCGAUCCAUCAGAAGCCAAUAUCCUUCCAGCCACGGCCUACCUCGAGUCGGUCUAUAGCACAGAUCCAACGAUAUCCUUUCUGCGCGGAAGCGGCAAUGGCCGAUCGACACCUCUACAAGUACGACCUUCUGCUUCUUUUUCCGCUCGACCGUUUGCUUCUGUCUCUUCUCGAGUCCCAACCGACAAGCCCAUCUGUCGGACCUCUUCUACUUCUUCUGUGGCGCACCAGUUUGGCGCAAGAACGCCAGCUGGACCCUUUCAACAAGCCCAGCGGUCGGCCAGUAUCCGACUCGUCGUUACCGAAGAACCAGAACAAGAGGAAGAAGAGUCAACUGUGUUCUUCACGCCUCCUAGUCGAGCAGGAACCGUGACUCCCACGCAAACAAGAACAAGCAGGCUUCCGUGCCCAAGCCCGAGUGGACUUGGUAAUUCUUUUCUCCCACGAAGUAGUCGGCUUCCAACCUACCAACCCCAGCGGGUUGGGACUUCUCCUGCUCAGCCACAGCAGCAGCUCCGGCCUGUUGCUUCUUCUACUCUUCCACGCUUCACAGCUACCUCUUCCCUGCGUUUCGCAACUAUCACCCCAGCAACUAGACCCUCUAACCGUGACCAACAGAACGAAUCGUCCACUCCACGCCGUUUCCGCCCUUCCGCGCUUCCCCAGAACCCCGACAUAAGCCAUCUAACCAUUCCCUUUGACGCGUCAGCCGAGUACGCCAUCGUCAUCUCCAUGUACGAAGUCUACAACGACCGCAUCUUCGAUCUCCUUUCUUCCCCCGUGAAAUCGGCCGCCACCAAAGAAUACCGUCGCCGACCCUUACUGUUCAAACCCACCGAGCUCUCGCCGGACCGAAAAGUGGUGGCGGGAUUACGAAAGGUGGUUUGCGGAAGCCUCGAUCAGGCGUUGAUGGUCUUGGAAGCGGGGUUGCAAGAGCGAAGGGUGGCAGGGACAGAGAGUAAUACGCAGAGUUCGCGGAGUCACGGGUUUUUCGUGGUGGAAGUGAAAAAGAGGUUUUCCCUUGGUGGACAGCACACUGGAUGGUACGGAGGCGCAGGAUGGACCGGGAAUUCGCUGACGAUUGUGGAUCUUGCGGGCAGCGAGAGGGCCCGAGACGCAAAGACAGUCGGACAGACGUUGGCCGAGGCGGGCAAGAUCAACGAGAGCUUGAUGUAUCUGGGGCAGUGUUUGCAGAUGCAGGUGGCAGGUGGGAAGGAAAAGCCGAAUCUGGGCUUGAUCAGGCGGUGCAAACUGACAGAGCUGCUGUUCACCAACUCGUUCCCCACGGGCAACAACCAGCAACAGCAUCGAAACCCGCAGAAAGGCAUCAUGAUUGUCACCGCUGACCCCCACGGCGAUUUCAACGCGACCUCUCAAAUUCUUCGCUACUCUGCCCUCGCCAAGGAGGUCACCGUUCCUCGCCAGCCGCCUUCGUUUCCUCCCCCCAACUCCUUCUCCAACUCGUUACCGCCUAUCGGCAGUCCAAACCAUCAAUACCUCUCCUUCCAACAGACUCUCGAAUCCGCCGCUCUCGAGAUCUCCAGGCUACAAGAAGACCUCACCUACCUCCGGCACGCCCUCGACUCGGAACGGAGCCUACGCGAACAGGCUGAAGCGCAUUUGUUGAGCAUGGAAGAUAAGAUGGUCGAGCUGGAGCAGGCCAUCCGCGAAGAUUGUGCGGAGGAGUUCGAGAAGCGUCUGGAACUGGAAGUGAACAGGUGGAAGACGAUUGUCGAUGGGGAGAGGGAGAGGGGGGAAGAGUUUUGGCGGGGGAAGUGGGGGGUGUUUGAGCGGAUGGUUGAGGCUGAUGGGGAUGUUGACAUGGACAUGGACGUUGACAGUCCGAAGAAGCCAGAAAACACGAGGCUGGUGGAAACGAGAACAGCGGAAGGUCAAGAGGCCCGACGACAGCUGGAAAUCCUUGCCGACGAAAACGAGCGGCUACAGAGGGAGAACGAAUCACUAAAACAGGCUUUGGCAGCCUGUAUCGAUCCUGCCAAGUCAACCAGCAAGAACAAGUCGCCCAGUCGUAGGUCGCCUAGCCGUAGUCGGAGGAAGAAGGCUCAGCUGAACUAUGCGGAAGAUGAUGAUGGGUUCUUUCAGGAGUUGAAGAGGGACCAAGGGGACAUGGCCAUGGAUGGGUUUGGGGAGGGAAACGGGGUCGGUGGCAGUCAUGGGACUGGAAGUCCGACCAAGAAGAAGAGGAUCAGGAGGUUGGGAGCAAAGAAAUGGGGGCAGGGUUUGGAUGAUGAUGAUCCUUUCUAAAUGGCACCAGCUGGGCGGUGUUUGGGCUGUCAGAAGGAUCUGUUGAUUUUGUACGAACACAGGACAUAUAAUGGGUUCACUAAGCGUGUCGGUUAUAAAGGGAAUUGCAUUUGUUAUACCCCGUUGUUUGUUAUAGUCAUGUCAACAUCAGGCAUAAGGAAGACAAUGAAUCAAUGCUGUUA